CUCGCCGUGGCUGACUUGCUACUGCCAACUCUCCACCACCAAUUUGCCGAGACACCUUGCCGUGGGACAACUCAACACAAGAUAAUUUUCCUGCUUCCCAGAUUUUGAUGCCCUACAGACUGCUACAGUUUCUAGCAGAUGGAUCCAGAUAAUCAAACCAAAGUGAGUGUCUUCAUCCUUGAGGGUAUACCAAACACUGCCCGAUUUCCCUUUCUUUUCUUUGUCAUCUUUAUGAUCAUCUACUUAUUGACAGUGCUAGGGAACCUCCUCAUCCUAGUCACCAUUGUGAUGGAACCCCAUCUUCAUGGUCUCCCCAUGUACUUUUUUCUCUGCAAUCUCUCUCUUCUGGACACCUGCCUCUCCUCAGUCACUGUGCCCCAAAUCCUGGUCAGUUUCAUAGCACCUAACUACAGAGUCAUCUCCUUUGGAGGUUGCGUCCUUCAACUCUACGCUUUCCAUUUUCUGGCUAGCACUGAAUGUUUCCUUUAUACUGUCAUGGCUUAUGACCGUUACCUUGCUAUCUGCUGUCCACUGAACUAUACCACAUUGAUGAACAGAAGAAUUUCCUUGGGACUUGUAACUGGCACGUGGCUUACGGGUUCUUUUCAUGCAGCAAUACAUACCAUUCUAACUUUCCGUCUGCCUUAUUGCGGUCCUAAUAGGGUUAACUAUUUCUUUUGUGACAUACCGCCUGUGCUAAAGCUGGCUUGUGUUGAUGUAACUGUGAAUCAUGCCCUGAUAAGGAUAAACAUUGCUCUGGUGGGUUCCAGUUGCUUUCUACUGAUAUGUAUUUCCUACACCUACAUAGCUUCUGCUAUUUUGAACAUCCAGACGAUGAAAGGAAGACAUCGGGCCUUCUCAACCUGUAGUGCUCAUCUCACUGUAGUGGUACUAUAUUAUAUCCCCGCCAUUUUUAUCUAUAUGCACCCGGCUUCAAGUUAUGCCAUGUAUGGGAUGUUAGCAGUGUUCUACGCCAUCAUCACUCCUAUGUUGAACCCAUUCAUAUACACACUGAGGAAUAAGGAAGUAAAAAGGGCUUUGAGGAAAUUGAUUGUUGGACACCUGAUUUCUGAAAAAAGAUAAGUUUGGGGUACUAAAAUCAGAAAUCCAAAUCCUUUCUCACCUUGUUGAAAUUAUUUGAUGUAUGUUGUUUUUCAUGAUUAAUUUUUCAUUAGUGAUAUACUGAGCAUUAACCAUACAACCACAAUAAAUGUUUUGUUUAUAUAUUUCUUUAUUGUUUUUUUUGUUUUCUCCUUUUGUUUAAUUGUUUGCUCUUCUUUUUCUUUUAAAAAUGAUUAAUAAUUUUUUUUAAAAAAAAGAUAGGAUGGGCAACUGAGUUGAGAAGUUAGAUUAGAGAGAAUAAGAAUCACCUAGUGUUUUAUUCUCUAUCAUGAUAAUCCAAAGUCACUAC